AUGCAUUUCGCAGGAUUAUGUCUACUACCCCUCCUCUGGACACUCUUCCACAUCUCAUCAAUCCUCUGCUCUGUUCAAGGCCAUCACACAAUAUGCAAAGCAACGCCUAACGAUGCAUCCUGGCCCAGUAUCUCCCAGUGGACCUCUCUCAACCAAACCCUCUCCGGGCGCUUGUUGAACGUUCUUCCACCUGCAUCCGCCUGUCACACCUCCUACCCGGGCUCCAACUACACCUGCGCCGUGAUCGCGGCUUCAUGGACUACCUUCACCUUCCAUCAGGACAACCCAGUCAGCACAGCGUGGAACAAUAUGAACAACGAUUCCUGUCUUCCAGACCCAUCUGCGCCGUGUAGUGGGCUAGGAUAUCCGGUCUAUGUAGUCAAUGCGUCGUCGGCGAAUGAUGUUAAACUCACAGUGGACUUUGCGCGGGAGAAUAAUGUGAGGUUGAAUGUUAAGGCCUCAGGGCAUGACUACCUAAAGCGAACUUCAGCUCCGUAUUCUCUCUCAAUCUGGACGAGAUACAUGGUCGGAGGAUACGAAUAUCAUGACGGGUUCCAGCCAGAGGGUUGCAAUACCACCAUCAACACUACGGCGGUGACUGCCGGUGCGGCGUCAUAUGUCAGCGAUAUAUACUACAACCUGAAUCUGCGAAACCAAACUGUCGUCGAUGGGCUGGGACCGGAAGUCACUAUGGGUGGGUAUCUUACUGGCGGUGGUCAUAGCCCCAUCUCAAACAUCUACGGACUAGGUGCAGAUCAAGUUUACGAGGUUGAGAUGGUGACACCCGCAGGCGAAAUAGUCACAGCGAACGAGUGUCAGAACACGGACUUGUUUUGGGCUGUUCGAGGAGGCGGGGGAGGCACAUUUGGAGUCCUGACGAAAGUCACUGUUCGAACAAUCUUAUCGACCCCAGUUGCAAUAUACAACUUCAACCUCCAAGCAGAGCCCAACUCAACGGUCUACUGGGACAUUGUGGCGUACUUUCUAGCUCAGUUUCCUACCCUCUCUGCCGCGAACGUUUCGUCGUAUACAUAUCUCUACCCCAACAUUAGCGCCGCCGAGCCUGGAGAUCAUGUGGCGUCAUUCAAAGGAAUCUUCGCUUUGCUCGAACCUGCUUCGCCCACCGCGCUGGAGGACAUGUGGGCACCCUUCUGGGCUCAUAUCAAUGAGACGUAUCCAAACCAAACAGUCACUCAAACAACAUCGACUGUCUUUCCAAACCUCUACAGUAUGUUCCUCGUGUACGCCGAUGAUAUCGGAGCAGGAGUUGAUAAGGUGGUUGGAUCACGGCUUCUACCCCCAGAGAUAUUGACAGAUGAUGCUUUCAGCGAUGCUUUGAUGAAAUUUCUCGGAGAUUCCGGGGGGAGGUUAUAUAUGGUGUCCGGCAAAGGUGUCUGGGAUGCGAAACCAAGAGGUGGUAGCGACGCUGUCAACCCUGCUUGGAGAAAAGCGUUGAUUCAUGCUGUGACUUCUCAAACCUGGGCACCUCUCAAUGAAGCUCAGCAAGCAAUUGUCGAGUAUGACAUUGACAAGGUCCAGACCGAAGCUUUCCGGCAAUUGGUUCCUGCCUCGGGAGCUUAUCUCAAUGAGGCUUAUUGGAACGAACCCAACUUUCAGCAAGCAUUCUGGGGAUCUAAUUACGAAAGACUGCUGCAGAUCAAGAAGGUUGUCGAUCCCCAUGAUGUAUUCUGGUGUCAUGUUUGUGUGGGGAGCGAGGGGUGGGUUGAGGUUGGACAUUCUCUAUGUCGAGUUUAA